AUGUCUGAGCCGCAGUGGUUUAAUGUUGGCCCACUUCACGUCGGUUCUCACGGUAUUAUCCCGCUCCCAAUACGCACCCCCAAGGUUCAUCUUCUAAGCUCCUACUUUGAUGAUGCCCAUGACCUCCUAAGCUCAAAGGCAAAGGAUGCCAUUGAACUGCCAGUUCUCACUCCGGACGGUCCGACCGAUCCAUUCUAUAAAGUUGUCAUCCCAAGGCGCGUGCACGAGGAAUUGGAAAACAUUUAUAUGAUAAAACAUGACCCGGUGCACGAGGAACGUCGCUACACGAUUUGGAUCGGCUUUGACUUGGAUAGAUUUGGACCUAUCAAAACCCCAGCGAGAUUCUUCCAGGCGCUCGAUAUGGCGCUUUUGUCCGAGAAAGUGAUCGUGCAAGAUACUACAGCUCUAGAAGGGCGACAUAUGCCUAACCGUGCAGUAUGGAUGGCAAUGUAUGGAUAUUUCGGGAAUUGGUAUAAGCCAGAGGAAAGAAAAUGGGCUAUCUUGGCCGCAAAGAGGCAUAUACGCCUCCUUAAGAAGCUUCAUGAGCGAGCAGAUUUGCGGCUUGUGGAUGAGAAGCGCAACGAACGAACAUGUGCACCAUCUGAAGCAAAUCCUGAAAUCGUCGCAUGCUGGGACUUUACUCCAAACUGUCGCCGCCCGGCUGAAAGGUACAUGAUAUUUCCCGAACUUUUUAAGGAGAAAUAUAAAAUGACGGCGAAGGGAAAGGAAAGCGAAAAGCAUACACAUGGUUGUGCGCAUGCUUAG